UCCUCCGCUAUGUGAUUGAGUUCACUUCCAUAGCAACCUGUGUAUGUAAUUACAGCGAACUUCAGUGACGGCUGCCGGGAGUUGUUCAGGCACAGGACAAAGCCCCUGGCUGGUAUUUAUGGGUGACUAUUGUAUUACGUAAAAGUAAAUAAUGCGGGGAAAGACUACAACAGAGCCACCUUGCCUUAACAGCGAUAAUUUUGAAGACUGUCUGGUUUCUGAUGAUGUCCUGGUGCAUUUUUUUAACGAGUUCCUCAGUCUACCGUCGUUCCCCGAGUCUGUGCAGUACAAUAAAGAGACCGGUGUAUUUGAGGUGGUCAGUGACGGAGCAGAAGCUGUGUAUCAGAAGAUCAGGUCAGCCCUGCGUCUCUGUCAGUCGCAACAUCUCAAUGAUCACGUGGAGUUGGCGCUGAGACCCAUGGUGGACAACAAAUACACUGUCCUUUGCUUGGACAGAGAACAGGGAGUGAAGUGGAUCAUUAAAGAAAGACUGCCCUUGUUUAUUCGAAGUGACUGCUACUUCGAGUACAGAUUAGCAAAGCUGCUUUCUCAGUGGGUCCCUGUGGGCUUGACCCAGAAGAAGAGUGGGUCCUCAGCCCAACAGCAUCUCUCUGUCCCUUCUGAGUCUGUCUCUCCUUCCCCGGGGCCUGAAGAGAGAGAGACGCUGUUACAGGACAUUUAUGUUUCACUCGGCCAGGCCUCAGUAACAGACAUGUUCACUAUCACCAAGGACAUUGACAGAAUGCAGCUUCCUGCUGGGACCCAGUCAGUGGUCACCCCAGUGGGUUCCCUUGGCCUGGGAGAAUCACUGUCCAGAUGCCACAGUCUCCACACUCUGACCUGCCUGAGUAACAGCCCAGCGUUCCCUCAGUCUGGCCUCCAGAGUCCUGCUGCCAGCCUCACUUUGGCUGGAGACUGUUUCCAGGCUGAUAUCCAUACAGAGGUGACAUCGUCUGGACAAGAGGAACAGAGGGGUCUGAUCUCAGCCAGCUCCUCCUGCAUCCCUGACUCAGACUCCUGCGCUCUCUCCUCUCCUCCCUCCUCUGUGGUCACAGACGUACCUCUUUGCUCCUCAGUGCUAGAUUGGGAGAGCAGGCAGGAGGCCCAACGGCCAGAUCAGGAGACAAGGGUCCACCUCCCUGAGACAGGAACUGUUGAGGGGCCUUAUGUAAACUACAACCCCCAGAGUCCCUCUCGCAGCAGUCCAGUAACACAACUAGCUGACCUGCUGGUAGAGCGAGGACUGAGAGACAGUGAGACAGACAUGGACUACAGCAGCACCUCUCCCAGCUCCAGCCGUCAGGAGAAGACCUGUGGUCUAGGGGCAACUACCAACCACUGCAGACUGAUGAGGGAGAAGGGGAUCGGGUCUUCACAUCUGGAUACCGACCCAGACCUUGGGUUCUACGAUGACACUGGCAGUAUCCAUGAUGGUAGACCAGAGAGACACGGCCUUGAGGAGUUCAAAGAGUUCUUAAAGGGAAGUCCAGGGGAGAAGCUGUUGAAUCUGUGGGUGGAUGUAGAGAGACUCAAAACCCUGGCGGAAAACAAGAGGAAAAUCAGGCAUUUGGAACAGAUGCGUAGCCAAUACCUGCUGAGCAGUGGCCGGAGUCGUCUGAGUGGUGAAACUCUCACCAGACUGGGUCUUUCUACCUCCUACUGCUGGGGAGAGGGCAGACUUCUGGAAGUACAGCCCCACCUCGCUGAGGCGCUGAUCAGCUACUGGGGUCAGAGGUUCAGGCUAAGCCAGUCUAACCCCAAGGAAAGGGCUAGAGACUCCGACGUAAUGUCCCCGUGGGGUAAGAGACAGCUCCACCCCCUCUCCGGGGUCAACCCUUGCUACUUCACCCUCCACCCGCUCCGCCCGCUCCGCCCUCACAGUGGUCGACCCACGGACAGGAGCCCAGCUCAUUCACAGCCUGGCUAUGGCAGCAGCAGUCCUGAUGUAGGAAAUCUGAGGAGGGACAGGAUGCUACAGGCUCUGCAUGUUGACUCCAAGGCCGGCUUCUACUUUACACAAUACUGUGAACGCUCCGGAAAUCAGUUGUGGGAGAAUGCCAUCCACUUCUGGUUUGAUCUGCAGCAGUACCACCUACUAUUCUACCAUGAUGGACUGGAUCCCUACAGGGUACAGAGACAGGCUCAGUUGCUCUACUCAACAUAUGUGUGCAGUGACGCCCGGUGCAGCGUUGAUGUGGAGGAGGAGGUCAGGAGGAGGGUGUACGCCUGUCUCACUCCCCCCUUUGAGGAGCUGUUUGACGCGGUGGAGGAGUACUCCCUAACCCUCCUCAUGGAGCCUUGGACCCAGCUCACCACCACGGACACACUGACCCACCAGGGGGUGGGCGUUUGGGAGAGGUCUCAGGAGGUGGAGUCAGAGCAGUACAGACGGCUGCAGCGACUUUAUGAGGAGUCCACCUGCAGACUGGAACAGCGUGCUGCUGCCGGGGCCUGCAGGCCCCCUCCUCCACCACUAGAGGUCCCCAGGUCUCCAGCUCUGUGGGCAGCGGUAGCAGAGCGUUUCAGGGGCUACAGGCUGGGCUCUCUGUUGAGACACCAUGUGGAGCUGCAGCACUUCACCUCCUUCCUACAGCACAACAAGGCCAGUGUGCACUUGGAGUGCUGGCUAGACCUAGAACAUUUCAGGAGGAUCCCCCAUAAAGACACGGCUGUGAGAGAGGAUGGCUCUAAACUCAUCAAGGACAAAUACCUCAGCAGGAAAUACUUCUUUGGUCCUGAAAGCCCUGCCACCAGAGAGCAGCAGGAUGAUGUGAUGCGACUUGCGGGUGGCUGGGGCAGGCUGCUCCAUGAGCGCCUUUGUGGCCCUGUUCUUCUGGAGGUUCAGAACAUCGUCAGGAGCCAUAUUGAAUCAAGAUGGCUGCCACUCUUCCUGGCUACACCAGCAUUUACUGAGAGACAACAGCCAACAGUCAAGCAUCAGGGUGAAGACGGACCGUUGGACCGGGUCUACCAGCGACACAGGAAGAGGACAGAAAGGUGGAAGCAGUUGGAGGGGACGUGGAUGACAUCUGCGGGGGGGAUCUUGGCUUUCCGCCAGGCCCUGCUCAACCCUGUCACAUGUCACCAGUUCCGGCGCUUUGUGUCUCUGAAGGGGGACUUCCUGGAGAAUGACGUCCUGUUCUGGCUGGAGGUGCAGAGGUACAAGGAUCUUUGCCACUCCCACUGUGACGAGACAGUUGUCCAGGAUAAGGUGUCAAUCAUCAUCAGCUGUUUCAUCCAGUCCUCGAUUCCGCCGGCCCUGCAGAUAGACAUCCCCCCUGAGCAGGCCAAGAACAUUCUGGAGAAGAGGACAGAGUUGGGGCCCUACAUCUUCAGAGAGGCACAGAUGUGUGUGUUCAGUGAGCUGCUGAAGCUGUGGCCAGAGUUCCUGUUGUUUAGAAGCAGUGUGGCGGAGGAGGAGGUGCUGCCUGAGCUAGAGAACAGGAGACUCCAACAGAGAGCCAGGCUGCAGCGCCACAGGAGGCGAGAGGAGGAGAAUAGAGCCCAGGAGGAGGUAGAGAGGUUUCCAGAGGGGGAGACUGUGACCGGGGUGGAGCAGAAACAAAAAGAAUGGGAGAGCAGGGAGCUUCUACAUCCUAACCAACAGUUGUCCUGGUCCUACUCUAAGUACUUGAUCGCUCUGGAAAGAGAGGAGGUGUUGCUAAGGCGACAGAAACUGGGAGCCGACUCUUCCUCCACCAGUACAGACUCGUCCUCCGUCCACAGCCAGAAGUCAAAGGGGGGCAGUAGACGGCCCGUUCGACAGCGGGCACAGGAGGCCCCUGCCUUCUCCAGGAGAGACGACAUCCCUGCGUGAUGGACAGUUGUUGCUCCUGUAACAAUUGUAUUGACAGCUAAACAUAUUUCUAGUAACCAUAGAGAAAGAUAGAGGAGUCCAGGACCCAUAAGUGUUUUAGCAUGUGCCUUUGAGGAGGUUUUACCAACCUGAGCGGUCAUCUCGAUGGGUCUUCCUAAUGUAUCACACUAUCCCGUCCAGGAUCCGCCAAUGGGCUCCUCUUGUUAGUGGAUGUUCUACUUUAAAAUGGAGGCCUCACACGGCUGUACUCUGUCUCCUCCUAGUGGCUGUACGAUGUUAAUAAAUAUCCUACUCUGACAGAAGGCGGAGGAG